CUCAAAUAAUAGAGUAGAAAGAUUAAUUUGAAUAGAUGCCGACAAUUUAGGUCCAAGGAAAAAAAGAAACAAAAAGGUUAAACCAAAAAAAUAGCAGACGAUAAAAUUUAAAAAGUGGUGCUAAAAACUGUAAAACCAGAAAGAAACAUGGCAAAGGAACCAAACCACACCUUCCCUAUCUCCCCACUACUCCAACAACAUCAAACACACAACAAAACCACAUAAACAAAAUACACAGAAAGCCAUAGAAACAACCCGCACCCACAAGAUGAAGGGUUCAUCAAAACCAAUUUCUAGUCCUGGUAGAACAGAAAAGUUUCCACCACCAUUAAUGAGAUUCUUGAAAAGCAAUGUUGGAAGUCGAAGCAGAGGCCGAACACGUGCAAGUCCAAUGAUGUUCAUGCGAAAGAACAAAAACAAUGUAAUUGUUGAAACAACUCAAGAGCCAUCUUCACCAAAAGUCACUUGUAUAGGCCAGGUCCGCGUCCGCCGUUCAGCAGCCGCGAACGGCACGGCACGGACACAAAGGUCUAAAUCCACUAGAAGAAGAAGAAAACAAAGAGAGAGAAAACAAAUACACGGGCGGCGGUGCUGCUGCUGCUGUAGUAGUUGCAGACUGAAAGUACACAAACCCAAAUGGUUCUUCUCAGUACUGAAGAAGUGGAUUUGCUGUAGUAGUGGGAAGAAAGAAAAUUCAACUUGUAACUCACGAGUUGAGUCGUCAACUCAAAGAACUGAAACUCCAUUCAAAAGUAGUACUAGUAUUGCCAGCAACACUAGUACUACUACUGAGAACGAAGAGGGAUUGGUGGGUUCUAAUACUACGAACCCACCAAACAAUGCUUUGAUCCUGACUCGGUGUAGAUCAGCACCAUAUAGAUCUUCGUCAUUAGCAAGUAGAUUCUGGGGCUCCCCACUGAACCAUACCUCAUCACCAGACACAACCAAGAGUCAAAGUCCCCAAAAUAUUCCAGAAGGUGAAAAUGAAGAAGGUAAUGAAAGCAAAGAAUUAGCAGUUACAGAUGUUACCAAGAGUCAAAGUCCCCAAAAACAUGUUAAUGGUGAACAAUUGCCGAAAGAAGAAGACGUGUAUGUACAUCCAUUACUUCUAACAAGGUGUAAAUCAGAACCAGCAAGAAAAGGAGAAAGGUUAAAUCCAAGUUAAUUCUUGUUUUUUUUUUUUUUUUUUGUAAAAUUUUUAUGUUAUUGCAAUAUAUACUUGUAGUACUAUAUUUUACAAGAAAUAUUACUUAGUACUAAAACUUGUUUGUAUUUUAAAUUUAUUUUUAAGGUUUAAAAGUAGGAAAAUAGUACAAAAUAUUGCAACUAUAAUAAGGUUCAUUCAAAUGAAAAUGUUUCUUUUGGGUAGUCUGCUAUGUUCAGCUCAGCCCAUUCCUCAA